UAAUCUAAACCACUAGGGUUCAUUUAUUCGUUUUUCUCUCAUGGGGUCAUCGUUACCUAUCUGUCCCUCCACCUUGGCUCCUCCACAUCGUGCCUUAGCCCACAUCGUCAUCAGUUUCCCCUACCCUUUGUUCAUCCUCUGUUGGCAGCUUCAAAAUAGUAUGAACGUCUUCUCUUCAUAAUCCAGGUACUGACGAUUUUGUGGAGAAAACAAUAUAAAAUUGUCGAUCUGGGCAUAAGGUGCCAAGUCAGAUCACGAGUUGAGAUGAGAUGGAACCAAGAAUUCUAGGAUUGAUGCCAAUAGGCUCCUUCCGUCUCCUGUCAAAUCAUUUUUCGGAGAAUUUCUUAUGAAACAGCCCCAUAUCCCCAAUGGUGUUUUAUCGGUUUUUUUUGUCUUCAUCUCAACGAUACAAGAGUUUAGAACCCUAUAAUCGAGUGUAAAGAUAAUCCCUAAACACGUUUCAUUUGAGAUUGUUGAUUAGGUGAUACUUUUGUUGAUAAGUUAGGAGUUGAUCUUCCAUUCAUGUUCAUGGUGAUUGCAAUUUCAUCCUCCAUGUUUAAAUAUGAUUAAAUAUGAUGUUUUUGAUAAGUGGUUCCACAAAUUUGUUAUUUGUGUUGUUUAACUUUUGAUUAUAUAUAUUGCUUACAAUCUGAUAGAAUAUUUGUACUUUAGCUUUUUAGUUCCUAUCGGAACAUUGCAACAGAUUCAUAGGUAGAGAUCAUCUCUAAAAGUCUGCAAAAAACCGAAGAGUGGCUAUAUGAAGAUGGUGAUGAUGAAUGUGAACAAGUUUAUAUCGGAAAGCUUGAGCAUCUUGAAAAAGUGUUCAAAGUAUAUGAAAAUUUUAAACUAAUAUUUUCCUUCCGAAAUAGCUUGCUUACAUCUAAUUAUGUAUUCCUGUGUAGUUUUUUUUAAGUUAUGAUGCAGAUUGGAGCAGUUGUGGUUGGACAUGAUACAAAUGUAAAUUAUGACAAAAUACAAUAAGAUACCCCAUUUACUCAUUUUAAUAACAUCUUAUAUACCUAGUGUUCUUGAAUUAUAUCUAUUUGUUGAAGUUAAAUUUAUAAAAAGAUGUAAGUGGUGAGUAAUUUACAGGUAUGCAACUCUUUGCAUUCGUGAUAAUCCAAGAUGCAUUUUCAUUGCUACUAACAGUGGUAUCAUUAUCAAUAUGAUUGAUUUACAAGAAUGGCCAGGUAUUGGGUACAUGGUUGUUGCUGUUUGUGGGGCAACAAAGAAAGAGGUAAAUGUAUUUGGAAAACCAUCAACAUUUUCGAUGGAUUUAUUGCAAAAGAUGUACCAAAUCCACCAUCCAAUCAAAAUUAAAACACGGAACUGCACGAUUCUAAGAAGAAAAAAGAAAACUUAUACAACGUUAGAGGGCAUGACAACAAUGUUGGAGAUAUAGUUCUUAGUUUAUGU